AUGGCAUCUUCGGCUUCUUCCUCGUCGCUUCUGCGUUCGUCGAUCAGAGCAGUUGCUCGUCAGGGCUCGUCUGCUUCGGCUGCCGCAUCCUCCUCCAAUUCUUCCCGUACAUUCACUUCCACCACCACCUCCCCCGCCGCCCUCACCGAAGGCCAAAACACAACCACUACAACCCCCCCUCUGUCACCCUCUCGAAAGAAGAGCGACAAUGUCAAGGUCUCUCUCCUCCUCUCUCGCCAGCCUCUGAUCCUUCGCUCGCCCACACCACUCGAAUCAGCCUACUUCGAGUACAAUCACGCCCUCACCCGUCGUCUCUCCCAACCCUUUGCCAAAGACUUUUACUUUAGAAAAGGUUCAGCAGCAGAGACUAAAUUCGACGCCGAGGAGAGCUACAGAAGGAGCCACCUGGACUUUCCUUCCUCCUCAUCAUCGAAGAAGGAGGUAGAUGGAAAAGGCAAGGGUAAAGGUCAAGCUGCCCCACCCUCGACAGAGACCGCUGCUUCGGUGGGCGAUACAGCCACUGCUACCGAUCCAGAUGCAGAGCUCUACGCAACUGUUCCGCGCAAGACGGCAGCGGAUGAGAGCAAUGACACUACUAGUCUAGAGCGGGCGUUGGAUCGAUGUCUCUUCCUCCUCUUCAAGGAUCCUGCGACGGGCCAAUGGAGAUUACCAGAGAGGGGAGUGGAUCUGAAUAAGAAGGAGACACUGCAUCGUGUUGCUACAUUGCCGGUUAAGGAGGCAUUGGGGGAGAAGCUCGACAUCUGGCUUGUGAGCCAUUUGCCCAUUGGAGUCAUGCCGCGGCCAGUGGAAGGAAAGAACGGGGUAGGAUCGGACAAGACCUAUUUUCUGCGAGCCCAUCUGGUAUCUGGCUCACCAAAGGGCGCAGAAGGAAGGGAAUACGCCUGGCUCACAAGGGAAGAGAUCGAGGAGAGGUUGGGCAGUGGAGGUUCAAAGGAGUACUUUGAAAGCAUCAGGGACCUUCUCAGCGAGUAA